CUCAGGUAACGAGUGUAGAAGAAAACCACUCAGGUAAAGAUACCAUCUCAUUUUCACUCAGGGAGAAGAGAAGAAAUCUUUAUUCAGGCAUCAACAGCAGCAACAUCCAACACUAUCUUGAAAAUGUCUAAAUUAAGAGUGCCAACCGCCACAUUUUACACAAAGGAAGAGGAAGUGAGGAGUGGCUACCUGUACAAGUCCCCUCCGCCUGGUCCUCUGAUUUCAAUGAAAUCACAGAAAUCAUGGAAGCGUCGUUUUUUCCGGCUCUUAAAGAUGAGUGAGGGUGUUUACACCCUCAAGUACUUCAGAAGUGAGGAGACGGAGAAAGUCCUGGGAGAGAUAGACAUGUCAGAAAUCUCUUUGCUGCUCUUCUGCCCUGAAAGCCACAGUAUGUGGGGAUGGAUUCACAAAAGCUUCAGGUGCCCGGCCUCUUGUGUACUCCUACUGCGUGCCACCAACCGAGACUACUUCCUCGUCGGAGAAAACAGCUGGGAAACCAAUGGCUGGUUCGAUGCCCUUUACAACAUUCUCAAAGGUCAUGAAGAUAUGCGGUAUGAUCAGGAUAUGGAUGUGGGAAAACCCAGAACCCGGUCUGCCCCUCCAGCUCCUCAGAUUGAUCACACCCAUCAGGCCUCUGAUAGAGAAGCAAAGUCAAAGUCAAUGGAAUGGCCGCCACUAAGUCAGCCAGUCAUCACAAACCCAGUCUGUCUCCUGCCUCCGUAUCCACCCACCGCUCAAGCCUCCCUGUUUGAGGACACAGGAACAUCUGCAACUGAGGAGCCCAUUUAUGCUGUUCCAACAAGUCUGCCUAUCAAAGCAACAAAAAAAGCACUUCAGGAUGUGGAUGUGGUACCCAAGAAAACCCAGUCUGAGCCUCCAGCAUCUUGGACUAAUAAAAAAACUGAUCUGGCCUCUGAUGGAAAAGCCAGGCCAAUGUCAAUGCCAUUGUCACCACCAAGUCUGCUACCAAGUCUGCCAAGAGACACAAAUCCAGCAUCUUUGCAUCUUUUUGCUGUUCCAGAGGAUUGGCCUUUGGCACCACCACAGGUACCAAAGAUUGAUGAGAAUGAAGAGGGUGCUGACUGUGGUGUGUAUGAGGAUAUGGCUACAUUGCUCAAUACAGAAAUGAUGGCAGAGGACAAGGAGCCUUCAGAGGACAUUGGUGAUGCAAGAACGAAGAGCAGUCCCUCCGUUAAGGAUGCAAUGGCUGAUGAAGAAAGGGCCAGUGGCCACAGACUCUCCACACUCAUUGAGCUGGAGGUUUGUGUGAGUCGAGAGGAUCUGAAAAAGCACCUGGACCCGACACUGGAUGUAGAGACACCAGGUAAGAGAGACAGCUUGUUGCUCAAGGGAGACGAAAUCCUGGCCAUCAAUAAUCUGCACAUUGACAGUGAGGAGGAAGUGGAGUUCUAUCUGACGAAACUUAGGGUGAACGAGGUGACGCUCACCAUUCGGAGGCUGUCCAGUGAGUUCCAGGCCAUGAAAGCAGAACUUUCCUCCAUGUGAAUCAUUGUGUGGCCCCUUUCUGAGUGUGUUGUUCUGUGUCUCUCAAAGACAAGUUUCCCCCCAUGUGUCAGCCUGUCUCUUAAUGACUUGGAGCUGUGAACACAAACCCGUGUCUCCUCAUGAUGGCAGCACAGGUCUCCUGUGGAGAAGAAGGAAGCAAGUGGGUUUUGUGUGCUCAAAAAAAAGACUAUGGCAAAAAAGAGACCAAGAAUCAUUUUAUGUAGCCGACUAAGAUGACAUUCUUACCUCUCAUCGCCCAGUGUGUUGAAGCAACAUAUGGUUGUGACCAAGGAUUGGUCUGCCAUCCAUGAAGAAGUGUGUGGGUUUCUAAAGUAGGCCGAUGGUCUGCCUUGUCAAUACAGUAUUUCUGUAUAGUAUAGUAGACUGUGCAGUAAGUCUGACCUGCAACCGUGUACACACACUGAAUACAGUGUACACAUACUAUGUAGAGUAUACAGGGGUCUCCACAGUUAUUGGCACCAUGGUAAAGAUGAGUGUAAAGAGGUGUAAAAAAUCAUCUGUAGGCAUUUUAUCUGUUUCACAAUGGAAACAAGGAGGAAAA